AAGUCAGGAACCUUAAGAUGGCCUUAAGAGGAAUUUAUUCCUUCGUGAUUUCUCUUUAUAUACUAUAUAUAUCGCACUUGGAUGCAUCCGCUAUACCGGAGAGUUGCCCAACGCUCAAUAGUACCAGUUCUAUAACACAAACCGAGCUUCUGCAAAAGUUGACGCUCGAAUGCCGUUAUGAUAAAUUAGCCAGGCCACUGGGAGCAAUUAACGCGACGGGACCAAUUACUGUCUAUACCAGUGCUUACAUCUAUACAAUCACAUCGAAUAUGGCAAAGACUCUACAAUUUGGUGUACACAUGAUGUUGCAAUUUAGAUACCUGGAUGAAAGAUUGAAAUUUUCUCACAUCGCUCCACAUCUGAAUCAAAUACACGGCGGCCAGUUUGCGCAGGAUUUAAUUUGGAUGCCGAGCGUAUAUGUUUCUAAUGAACCUAGUUCAGCUAUUAUGGGAAAUGGUGUCAAAGACAUACUUGUUUCUAUAGCUCCAUCAGGCAUGGUUAUAUUGAACACUAGGUUGCAAGCUAUUCUUAACUGUGGGCUUCGUUUGGAGAAGUUUCCAUUUGACGUACAAGAAUGUCCACUUAUUUUGGAAAGCUGGACGCACAAUGUAGCUGAUAUGGUGUUGCGUUGGGACCAAGAAUCGAUCAUUCUUGCUGAUGAAUUACACUUAACUGAGUACAAAAUUAUUGGGAAGUGGGUUAAUACGUCAGAAGUAGUUUAUACCGUCUCGCAGCAGCUUUACGGUCACUUCGCUGGCAAUUUCAGUGCGAUUAGCAUAACAUUUAAAUUAGCUCGUGAAAUGGGAUUCUUUAUGAUGGACUAUUAUAUACCAUCCAUAUUAAUAGUAGUUAUUUCUUGGGUAUCAUUUUGGUUGCACAUGGACGCGAGUCCUCCACGAAUCGUUUUGGGAACGAAUACUAUCUUGACGUUUAUGACGCUCGCAUCUAAAGUGGAAAAUUCCUUGCCUAAAGUCUCCUACAUAAAAGCAAGCGAAAUAUGGUUCUUAGGGUGUACUAUAUUCUUGUUCGCUGCUAUGGUCGAGUUUGCUUUCGUUAAUACAAUAUAUCGUCGGAAAAAAAUUGUACCGUUGAAAAAGGUAAACAGUAAAUACAUAUUGAAAUCAACGCUGACGCCGAAACUGGCGCGGAAACAGUAUCAGAAAAAUACCUCGGGGUUGGAACGAUCGCGAUCUUGGUCAUCGAUUGAUAACGUAAACAGCAGCGAGCAUGAUUACACAAGUCAGAACUAUCUUACCGUGCAUAGUUUUCCAAGUACGCUUAACAUUCCUUCUGUUAAGAUCGAGGAAGACAAGGAUCAGGAAUGUUCCGUAGGUAGCAUUAACACAGUCACCAGCACGUCGUCGCCUAAGUCAUUCGCACGGAGAGCGACUCUUUCGCAGUCACAAAACUUCACGACGAUGACUCCACAAGAGAUCGCUCAAUGGAUUGAUAGGCGUAGCAGGAUCGUCUUCCCCGUCGCUUUCAUUAUAUUUAACAUCUUCUACUGGUCAUUUAUUUGGAUAUAAAAACUAAAGAAGAAUGAA